CGACUAACCCGCGCGAAACAGAUUGAAUAUGCAGAACAUGGUACAUCUCUCGGUGUUUUGGUUAAGGACACCUUCGUACUCUCUUCCUCCUUAAAGGGAAAUCAACUACAAUACAUUCCCACUCUCACAUUUGGGUGCGGAUAUCAUCAAGAAUUUUCUCCUUCGCUUUGUCCUCCUUUUACAGAUGGAGUUCUAGGCCUGGGCAGUGGCGAAACAAGUAUUUUGUCACAGGUAAGCAGUAAAAAGGUUAUGGCCCUUUGCUCGAGUGAUAAAAAUGGCCCUGGAUAUCUUGUCCUCGGAGAUUCUCUAUCAAAUUCACCAGAUAUUACAUGGAGGUCACUGGCAAACGAUCACCUUGAGCUUGGCCCCGCAGACAUCAUUUAUGAAGAUAAUCUUCUCGUAUCUGUGUUGCAUUUUUCGUUGGAUAGUGGGACUACUUACAGAUACUUCAGCCCUGCAAUAUACCAAGCUGUUCUUUCUCAGGUGAAAGAAUCGGCAUUGAAGGCGGGAACCCCAGUCGUGGAUCCGUAUCUUCCCGUCUGCUGGAAACCUGUGACAUCUUCAGAUGCCUUCUUGGACUCUUUCGGAUCUUUAUAUUUGAGCUUCAAGAGUGACACGUGUCUAUUUUCAACUAGCACCAUUCAAGCUCUUAAACGGCCUCAGGAUAAUGUGUGUUUGGGGAUCCUAGACAGCCAGGAACUUGGUCCGGAAUCUGAAAACCUGAACGUAAUUGGAGACCUUCCUCUGCAACAGAGGCUGGUGAUAUAUGAAUAUGAAAACCAGGAAUUAGUUGGGGUGACACGAAUUGCAGUGAUCUACCGGCGCAGCUUUCUAGGGGAGAACUGAACCAAGAAUUCUCUUUCUUCAUCAUCAAUUAAAUCACUAUUCGCAAAGCCACGGACCAUGAUACACAUCCCUCCAGGAAAAAAGAGGAAGCAAGACUUCAAUUCGCCCUAAAGUUGAUUUUCUGGCUGAUACAAAUUAUGAUCAUGAAAUUUCACUACACCAGAAAGUUUUACUACAUAUAAUAUAUCUGAUUAUUAAAUCUUGUACUUCUUACUAUAUUGACAAUCGUCAAAUAACAAUGUCCAUCCACUUGCAUAAACAAAUUCAUUGGUGUAAACCGACUAGUUUGGAUCCAU